AUGCCUCGGGGCAAGAAGAGUAAGAUGCGUGCCCGUGAAAGACAUCACCAUGCUCAGGAACAGCAAGUAGAGCUGGUAGGUGCUCAAACCUCUGUAGCAGUAGAAGAGUUUCACUUCUCUCCUUUACCUAUUUUAAGUGUUUUCCUUAAAACUUGCGUACUGUUGGGUUGUUAUUAUUCACAGGAUCUUCAGCAAGCACUGUGUACUGAUGGGAUUUCUGGAUACGUGAGCUAUGUAGAUGCCCACUACUAUGGGAGAGAGCCAAUGUUCAUCUUCAGAAACCCUUUAGAUGAGAAGGUGCUUCUGAUAAUACAUUAUAUGCUGUACAAGUACAAAAUGAAAGAGCUUAUCACUAAGUCAGAAAUGAGAAAUAUGAUCCCAGCAUCUAAGAAUCACUUCUCUGAAAUCCUCAAGAGAGCUUCUGAACACAUGGAACUGAUCUUUGGCCUUGACCUGAAGGAAUUGGAGCCCAACAAGCACAUCUAUGCCCUCAUCAGCAAAUUGGAUUUCAGCUCUGAUAAUGAUGAUGAAAGAAAUUUACCCAAGACCGGCUUGCUGAUGAUCAUCCUGGGCGUGAUCUUCAUCAGGGGCAACUGCGCCACUGAGGAGCAAAUAUGGGAAAUUCUAAAUAUGAUAGGACUUCAAAAAGGGAGGUUGCAUUUUAUCUAUGGGGAGCCUCACGAGCUCAUCACCCAAACUUUUGUGCAGGAAAACUACCUAAUAUAUCGUCAGAUCCUUGGUAGUGAUUCAUCUCAUUAUGAGUUUCUGUGGGGUCCCAGAGCUUUUGAGGAAACUAGUAAGAUGAAAGUGCUAGAAUAUUUAGCCAAGAUCUGUAAUAUAGUGCCUAGAGCUUUUGCAAUAUGCUAUGAAGAGGCUCUGAAAGAUGAGGAAGAGAGGGCUAAAGCCAGGGCUGAAGCUAAGGCUCAUCGUGCUGCAAUAGCCUUUGAGCGUUCUAAGGUUUGUUCCACUCAUUCCACUAGUAAAUAA